AGGCUUCACUGCCUGGAAGCUUGGUCCAUUAUGUUUACAGUUUAUUAACUUGACCCAUACUGGGGAAUAAAAAUCAAUACAAAGGCUUUCAUGUCACUUAAUUAAUUCUGUAGUAUAAAAACAUGCUAAGUAGGCAUCAAUAGUAAGAGUUGUAUUGUAUAGGCCUGUAAAUACUGUGAUGUAAUAUGCUGGCAAUACUGUGAUGUAAUAUGCUGGCUAUACUGUGAUGUAAUAUGCUGGCUAUAUUGUGGCUGAUUUAUAAUAAGCGGUGGCUUGCUGUCAGUGGAGUGGGUGCUCACGGCUAUGGUAAGAAACGUGUGUUCCCCGCCAUCCACACCUUUAUGUCAUUGAUUGCCACACCUGUAAAUAUACCUUAUUCCCAGUGAUGCACCACACCUAGUGCACUACUCCCCCAAGUGGCUAAAAUAACUAAAUGAACCUAACUAAAAACAUGGAUACAAAUGCUGGUUAAACUGUGAUGUAGUAUGCUGGAUAUACUGUGAUGUAGUAUGAUGAUAAACUGUGUGUAGAUUAUAUGUAACAUUUAAGGUUAAUUGAACAUCUCUUGAAAUAAAGUUCUGUCAAUAACAAGCGUUUCCACAUCUUUGAUCUAAUGCAGCACACCCCCUCCCACACACAGCUGAUGAAGACCAAGUAAGUAACAACCAAGUCAGUAACAGUUUCCUUUGUAAACCACACUUGUCUUUUUAAGCGUUCAUGUGACAGUCAGCCUGUCAGUCAGUCGGGGAGCCUGCAGCCUGCAGCCACGCUCGCAGGAUGAAGGCCCACUGGUGGAGCUGUGUGUUGGGAUUACUCUGCAUGCCUGCUAACGUAAUGCUCAGCACCUGGACAGUUUCACAAGAUCCCUCGUCCAUCUCGCUCAUGAGAGUCAACUCAUCUGCUAAGAUCAAAUGCUCCACAUCCUUGCCUGAACCCUUGGGUUUGUACCUGAAGAGUGGCUUUCAUGACAUGAGGGACAUUGUGUUCUUGUCCAUGGAGAACGGACUAGUCACCAAGAAUACUACAGAUCCAGAAUUUGCGGGCCGAAUCAACGUAGCUCCAGACCAGCAGAUCCGGGAAGGCUACGGGUUUACCCUGCAGCUGUCUCUGCUGGGGCAGGAGGACACAAACGUGUAUUACUGUUAUUGGAAAUACUUCAAAUUAGACACGGCGGUUAUUGAAACGCUGCCCAGUAUUGGCACCGUUAUUAUUGUCAAAGAGACUGAUCCACAAGUACAAUGCGGGGAUCACAUUUGGGAUCUGACCUUGAUUGCCUUUAGUGUGACAGCAUUCACUGUCCUUAUAUUCCUCUUGUUUAGAGGGCUUGUGAGACGCAAACAAUUUAAAAAGAACUUCAGACCGGCCAGAGCUGGAAAACCCCCCGGAGUCAACCGGCCUCAACGUGUCUGUCCUCACCAGGGUUCUCAACACUGUCCCUACUUAGUCACAUCUGUAAAUAGUCCUCCUUUAGACUUCAGGGGCAUUCUGUAGUGCUAAGAAUCAAUGUGAUGAUUAACAUGUGACAUGGCCAUUCUUUACAACUGAUGUUUAAACAGAUUAUUAAAACUAUAUGGUUACUGUAUUGCACAGACGGUUUGUUUGUUGUAUUUUGAGUCAGCAUGCCUAAUGUCCUCAACCCCAGAAAGGUGUCUCACUUCUUGCUCAUUUCCUUUUUGACACAAAUUUGUGUUUUGUUUGCAAAAAAUGAUGAGCCACCACAUCCUGGCUGAUGUUAGGUGUACAGGUGCAAAGCGUGUGAACAGUGUUAGUGAUUAAAAAAGUGCAGAUCAAGCAUGAUUGUUCUUCUAUGCAGUAUGUUGCAUUGCAGGUGGGCUUAAACUGUUGACUUUUGCAGGAUACUUAUUCUACUAUGUGUAAAUAAUUUGAACAUUUUGAACCAGUUUCUGUCUGAAUUUAUAUUUACUGUACAUUAAAU